UGAUGAGGGAGAGUGCGCCCAAACGGCAGGGCGUCGUCGCACGUGUUGAAAGACAGAGAGCAAUGCGCACGUGCGACGUACUAAACAAAGACGACAACGACAACAACAAGAAAAAAACGGUGACAACAAAUGAGUUGAACAGAUGAACAACGCAACGACAACCACCACCAACAUCACAGCCGCCGCCGCCGAUUCGCGGCCACCACAGAGACCGCAGGCCACCCGAGCCGUCAAGUGUGUAGUUGUCGGCGACGGAACCGUCGGCAAGACUUGUCUGUUGAUAUCGUUUACCACUGAUGCCUUUCCCGGCGAAUACGUACCGACAGUAUUCGACAACUAUUCGGCACUGGUCACUGUCGACGGCCACACCGUAUCGCUUGGUCUGUGGGACACUGCCGGCCAGGAAGACUACGACCGACUCCGGCCGCUAAGCUAUCCGCAAACCGAUGUCUUUCUCGUAUGUUUUUCGGUAGUAUCGCCGGCAUCCUUGGACAACGUACUGGCCAAAUGGGUACCCGAAAUCCGGCAUCACUGUCCCGAUGUUCCGUUGGUAUUAGUUGGCCUUAAGUCGGAUUUGCGUGACGAUCGCGAAACACUGGCCUCGCUGGCCGAAUCGGGUCAGUCACCAGUUCGCCGGGAACAGGCAUCAAAAGUUGCCCACAAAACCAAAGCCGUAGCCUAUGUCGAGUGUUCGGCACUGACCCAACGUGGUCUGCGUCGGGUGUUUGACGAGGGCGUACGGGCCGUAGUGGCACCGGUAGAGCGGUCGUCGCCGCGCAGGCGAUGUUUGCUUCAGUGACUACUACUACUAGUAGAAGAAGAAGAAUAAUAAUAAUUAUAAGAAGCAGAAGAACCGGUUUUUUUUAGUCAAAGAGAGAGAGAGAGAGAGAGAGAGACAGAGAGGUUGGUUGUCCUCCUGUUCCUCACUCAUACAAACUCAUACAAACUCAUACCUACUCAAAGCUAACGGUUCGCUUCAACAGUAUAUCUAUAUAUCAGUGAUCAGUGGGUUUUUUUUCUACUGAAGUCAG